CGCUUAGGAGAUGGAUCAGAGGCAUUCCCGUUUCGUGUUGGGAUGACGUGCAUUCGUCAAAUCCGCGAUUACAUCUCGGUACAGAAUCGCCGUGACUGUACAACGAUUCUGCACCUCGAUAGUACCCAUAGCAUGGCCAUCCAUGGCUACUCGGUCUUUGCAUUUGGCUACUCGGAUCAAAGUUGCCACUUUGUGCCGCUAGCCUACUUCUGUACAUCCCAGAAGCGGAAGCUGGAUAUCGGUUGGUGUCUUCGCUACAAUAAACGGGUCUGUGUGGAUAUCUGCAAUGUACCUUAUGCCCCUCAGUACGUGAUGAUGGACGCUGACAAAGCCCAAUUCAAUGCA